CACAGAUUACAGAUCCUUUGCUGUGCAAGUUUUCUAGCUGAAUGAACUUCUUCGAGCUGCCACGUUUGUUUGUUGUAAUGAUUCAACUCGAGGAAAUAUCAACAGAUAACAAAGAAGAGAAAACAUAUGCAUCCUGCGAUAUGAGACAGCAAAUAAACAAGGUAAAAUAAACAAGGUUUUCCGUCCCGGUUUGUCAUCUCUUGUUGGCCAUGGAUGAAGGUGGAGUAAUGCAGAACUUCAGAGUUCCGGUGAACAGUUGGUUCAUUUUCCUAAUGCUUCUCUCCAGAUCUUCUGUAUCCGUUUCAACUGCCUGCUAUCGGUGCACUCUAUUCGUUCCUGUGCUCUCUUCCGGCUAAUCGACUGACAGAAAACCCAGCCAAUCGAGUAUUACUGGUGGAGGCUGGUCCGCGAGAUUCGAAAUGGAAUUGGAAAUUUCACAUGCCAGCAGCACUUAUGUACAAUCUGUGUGAUGACAAGUAUAACUGGUUUUAUUAUACUCAACCGCAAAAAAACAUGAAUGACCGAACAGUUUAUUGGCCCCGUGGACGUGUUUGGGGAGGCUCUUCCACUCUUAAUGCGAUGGUGUACGUCCGUGGACAUCCACUUGAUUAUGAUCGUUGGGAGCAAGAAGGGGCUACGAAUUGGUCUUACAAGAAUGUACUUCCUUAUUUUAAAAAGGCUCAAACUCAUGAAUUGUCGAAGGGGCCAACAGAUCCUUAUCGUGGCUGGAAUGGUCCACUUCAUGUUAUGCAGGGGAAGUGCGACAACCCGUUGCACAAAGCUUUUAUUGAAUGCGGAGAUCAAUUUGGUGUUGGUAUUGUGGAUGACAUAAAUGGAUACAGACAGGAAGGAAUAGCUCCAAUGGACCUCACUAUUUAUAAAGGCUUACGUUGGAGUGCAUCGAGAGCGUAUUUGUGGCCUGCACUUUCACGCCCAAAUUUGCAUACUUCAUCGAAUAUAUUAUGUACACGCAUAUUAUUUGAUGGCAACAAAGCAGUUGGUAUCGAAUUUAUAAGAAAAAAUGGUCCACUUACCGAUAAUAUCAAUUCAUGGAAUCGUGAGAAAGUAUACUGUGAAGAAGGCGUGAUUCUUGCCUGUGGUGCAAUUAAUACUCCACAGCUCUUGCUUCUUAGUGGUAUUGGACCAGCAGAUAAUAUAAAGGCUCAUUCAAUUCCUGUGGUUGAGCAUUUACCAGGAGUUGGCAACAACUUGCAGGAUCAUCUUGAGGUCUAUGUACAACAGAAAUGUACGCAACCAAUUACACUUUACAACAAGAGCUCUUGGCGUUUCCCACAUAAUAUGAUCAAAGUUGGCUUCGAGUGGUACAUGUCUAAAACUGGUCUUGGAGCGAGCAGUCAUCUGGAGUCUGGUGGCUUUGUGAGAAGUAAACCAAGGGUUUCUCAUCCAGAUAUUCAGUUCCAUUUUCUUCCCUCUACAGUACAUGAUGAUGGACGCACCACUAGUAAAUGCCACGCUUACCAGGUACACGUCGGUCCACUGCGAUCCAAGUCCAAGGGUACAGUUACGCUGGCUAGUAAUGAUCCUAGGCGAUAUCCACUCAUAAAUCCGAAUUACUUGGAUCAUUUAGACGACUAUAUCGAAUUUAGACUUGCCAUACGAAUUGCAAGGGCACUGUUAAGUCAGCCAAGCUUUGACAAAUAUCGUGGCGAUGAGCUAUUACCCGGCGAAGAUUGUCAGAGCAACGAGCAGAUUGACGAAUUUGUUCGGAUGAAGUCUUCUUCUGCAUAUCAUCCAUCCUGUUCAUGCAAAAUGGGAAUUGAGUCCGAUAAAUUUGCUGUUGUCAACCCGGAAACAAUGGGCGUCCACGGAAUUGAAAAUCUUUACGUAGUAGAUGCAUCAGUAAUGCCCUCAAUUGUAAGUGGAAAUCUUAACGCACCAGUGAUUAUGCUGUCUGAAAGGGCAGCAGAUUUGAUACAGAAGAAAUCACCACUGGCCGCGAAAUAUGUGCCAGUAUGGUCUCCAAGCGAAAAACAUUCAACGGAGCGUAUAUCCACAGACAGUGCAUAGUUCAAAAUCUCGUUACUUUGGUUAAUUGUUUUUAUUAAUAUUGCUGUUGAAGUUUAAGUAGUUCAUGCCUUCUCAUUCUUACCUGAUAGUUUAUUUUUAAUUGGUUGUAUGCAAAAAUUACCUCGAAUUCUUAAAUACCUGGG